CGGCCUGGGCGUCGGCAGUUCACAGUGAGUUUCUGCGUAGGCAACCAAACACCACUUCACCCAGGGAGCUCGGAGGUGUCUGUUACGUAAAAAAGUUAAUAUAAAACAUUAAAAGAAGAAACUAACAUGCAUUCAGUCAGUGUGGACGGGUCGCCGAGGAAACGGACGUUAUCUCGAGGACUGAGCGAGGACGAGUCUCUCCGCAGCAUUAUUAAAGAGACCGAGACCUCGUCCAGGCGUCUGACACGAAGCGACAGCCGAGCAGGCACCCUGAAGAAGAGGAGUGACAGUCAGCAAUCUGACCAGGACCUCUUCAUGGGACUCCCAGAAAUGCUGGAGCUGCAGGCCAGCUAUGACGAGGUGGUGCAGGAGCUGCGUGGGCUGGAGGUCGAGCGAGAGGCUCUGUUGUUCCAGGUGGACGUCCUGCAGGACACGCUGGAGGGUGUAGAGGAGCUGCUGGCUGAGGCCCAGAGGGAAGCUGGACAGGCUAGUUUGGAGCUGGAACGAGAGAGGGAGGCCAAGAAGAAACUGGAGAGCAUGGUCAGCUCUCUGAUGCAAGAGGUGGAGAGAUUAAAAGAGGAGAGGAAUAACAAACCGUCCGCUCCAGCGAGCACACACGGAAGUGUGGAUGAGAUAACGAGACAAGAACACCAAGAAUUGAUGACAGCCGCACACAGAGAGGACAAAGACUUGUCGCUGUGUGAAAGCCAAGGUAGAGCGUCAGAGGAAGUGGGACAGAGUGAGGAGGCGGGGGAUGAAGGAAGCAUCCUGACGAAGCUGCGGAAGAUGGUCAGUAAGCCCCUGAUCCAACUGCCCUCUCUCGCCCUGGACAACCCCAUCUCUGGAGACGGGGUCCUGCUGAGGCCUUGCGAAAACGGUGUUGAGGAGGGACGAGAUCCUUCUCCAGAGAGGAACGACUCAGACAGCAUAAGUGCCUACGAGGAUGCGUCUGCAGAUACUCCAGAGCAGGAAAGGAUGUUUCCGGGUGGAGCAGAUCCUUUGGAGUUGCCGCAUGAUUCAGAGAAAGAGAAAAGUUUGACCAACAACUGCCAGGUGACUGACGGCAAGACCCCAGACCCCAAAAACCCAGACGCUUGUGUUGUGUCUUAAUUCAUCUGUUUUAUCUACUACUGGGAAAAAUUGAAUUAUUGAUCAUUUGGCGUAAUUAAGAAGCUCUUUUUAUUUGCAGUUUACACACUUCUGAUAUUUAUGUUCUUGGAAAAAAAAGGCCAACAGUAACAUUCAGAGCUGUAAUUAGAGCUCCAAAUAGCAGCUGAUUAAUCAAAUAGUUGAUCGAAAGAAAAAAAUUAAUCAAAAAUAUAUUUUUUGUGCCAAGAAGAAAAUGCCAAAAUAAAUUCUGGUUUCAGCUUCUUAAAUCUGAGGAUUUGCUGCCUCUCUUCAUCGAAUAUGAUAGAAAUAUCCGACAAAUCAGACCACUUUUGACUCUGGGAAAUUGUGAUUUUAGAACAAAUUUAAUUAAGUAAAUAAUCGGCAGCUUAAGUGAUAAUGAUGGUUAGUUGCAGCCCUAAUUGUAAUACACUGUAGUAAGUUUCAGGUUUAAAUUCACAACAAAGGAACUCAGGAUCCAGUGGCUUACUAGCUCAAACUCUAUUAAUGACUACUUUAUAUUAAUUGCCAAUAAUUUCUUUUAAUGUCUUAACUUUUUUGAAUACGUGGAUAGACGUAAAAUGCUUUUACAUGCUGCUUCGACCAUUUACCUCUUUGGUAAUCUUUUUAAGAAAGAUGGUUUGUAUACUAACAGCUGCCAGGACACAAGCCAGGAUUUACCUGUAGACAAAACACAGAGAGCUAUUUGGGCUGUUGCUGUUUUGGCUCCAAUCAUUACUACAUAAUAUAAGUCUGGAGUCUAGGCUGUCUGAAGAUUUCAGACAUUCAACUGCUGUUCACUACAUUUAAAGAUAUUUAGUCUGUCUGAAGGACACUUUUGAUCAGUCUUAGGAAGAUAAGAUAAGGAGCAUUGAAUCAAAAGCAGGAUUUUUUUAAGUAAGGGAAAAUGCCAUCUAUUGACUGCCUCGCUGACGUAAACAUUUAUUUUUUUAAUCUUUCAUAUACAGCUCUUUAUCCUGUUUUUUAUUUUGACUUUAGGGAAAUGAAUUCAGCUGCAUUUGCACUUUUAAAGCUUGUUGUAUUGUGGCAUAAAUUUUUGUCCAAUUACAUUAGAAACAACAUUCCCUUUAUAACCAAACGUGUCGGUGAGAAACAAUCAGCUGACCUGCUGCAGGCUGUGUUCUGCAUGGUAAUACUGUAUGUUUGCACAUUUGCAGUUAAACUUGCUGAAAUUAGUCUCUUUGGAUGUCUCUGAUUGCUGUAUACACUUUGUAUUUAAUCGCAAUUUUUACUGUUUAUUUUUUACAAUGUUACAUGUUCUUUUUUUAUGCUUGAGGCAAGAAUAGACCCUUUCACCUCAUUUGAGAUAGUUUGCAUGAGCACCUAAGAAGAAUGUAUAAUGAUUUCCAAACUGAACACGACAUGAUGUGUGUCAUUAUUAGUACUUUUGCACGCAGUACUUUCACACAUAUAUAUUCAAUAAUCCUUUGAUCGAAGUUAUUUACUGCAAAAAUACCGUUUUGAAGGGAUUUUAUAUUUUAAUUUUGUUUGCAAAAUAAUGCAUCACUCUUGUCAUUCACUGGUUUUUUUAAGGUGGAUCUUAAGCGGAAUUAACAAAUAAUUUCAGUUUUGAGGGAACAUAUCAUGUGACACUAACAAUGUUUAAAAUGGAAAUUGAAAUGUUGAUUUUUCUCAUACAGAACACAAAAGAGGAACAAUAUGAACAGAUUUAUGGACAAUUGAAAAGUAGCAAUGGGUUUAUGGCAGCAUAUUAAUGUUUGUAUUUACUCAUUUGUCUUUUUUUUGUAUUACUUCUAUCACACAGGCCUAUUUUAGACAUAAUGCUGGCACACAUGCUAAUACUUAUUAUCUUUUGUGAUGGCUGCCAUGAGCACAAGCAGCUCAGAUAGAUGCUUUUUCUUCCACAAAAUGAGCCUAUUAACUGCUACUGUAGUACGGUUACUGUAAUGCUGUUACUGUAAUGCUGUUACUGUAGUACUGUUACUGUAGUACUGUUACUGUAGUACUGUUACUGUAAUGCUGUUACUGUAGUACUGUUACUGUAGUACUGUUGUCAAUUCUUGAACAAUUUGCAACCAGCGGUGGUCAGAUAUUUGUACAUGAACAUCAACAAUCAUUGGUUGUCUAUGUUGUUUAUUCAACAGUUUUUUUAUUUUCCUGUGAGAUCAGAACCUGAUGGGAAAUCGGUUUGUUACUCUGACUUCAAAUGUUUAAUCAAUCGAUUUAAGCUUUCUUCAUUGUCACAAUAUCACUGGUGCUGUUCAGCCUUAUUUUCAUAAGUGACUUUUUGACAGUUCAUCAAGUAAUUAGAUUUACAUUUUUGUGUUUCAUUUUCAUACAACAAUGCAAAAAAUAUGUUCUUACUGUAAUUUGAUGUGUUUAAUGGGUCUAGAUAUUUUUGACUUGUCCUGAGCUUUGUAUUAAAUGUUCAGCUGUAACUGUAAAUGAAUUUAUACUUGUAAGUGAAAUUACAUUCCAGACAUAUCAAAAUAAAAGGAGUGAAUAACGCUGA